UUGAUCUAUCCUUGUGUUAUUAUCGCCGCUCACUCUAAUAAAUGUAUUUUAACCUUAAUGAACACUUUAUAAAUGUGAGGCUGUACUCUCAAGUAACUGUUGACCUUUGUUCCUUAGUAAUGACCAACCAUGGCGACACCACCACCACCACCACCACCACCACCACCCAUUACCGGGGAGGAGCAGAGCAACAGGUCAAAACUCAUCGAAACACUGGAGAAACUGGGUCGCCAAGUCUUGCUGGAUAUGUACACCCGAGCAGCACGUCAGGAGGGGAAGGCCGAAGACAUGAAGCUUCCCGAGUUCCUGGAGAGUAAAGGCUUCACCAAGACACAGUUAAAGAAAUCAUUUAAUAAGGAUCAGCUUAAGAUACUUGACGCCGACCCUUCUGGCAAGAAAUAUGACAUCUCGCUACUGUACCUGUGCAUCACCUUGUUGCGUGGCCCUGCUCCUGGUGGCCAGCUGGACCCCCUUCAGGAAAAACUCAAAGCUGUAAAAGAUUUUCGCAACGAAGUGCUUCACGGGGAGUUAGCCGUCAGUCCUGAGGAUUAUAAGAACAAGACGGAGGAGCUGAGAAAACUGUUGAAAGACGUAUAUAGUGAAGGAAAAGAUGUGUUUAACAUUGAUCAAGAUGAAGUAGAUAACCGGGUUAAAACCAUAGAUGAAGACAUCAACUACAUCAGAGACAACCUCCUGGACAUCAUAGAGCAGUCUGGUAAACAAGAGUUGGUGGAGCUGUUUGGUAAACGGACAAAUGUUAAUCCUGUGUCGUUUAUUGCCGGUACAGACUUUUUCCUCGAUAUUGGCACUGUAUUCACAAACAUCCAAGUUAAGGUGAAGCGGGAUACAGUUGCCCAAGAUAUACCAUAUGAAGACAUUCUAAAACUUGCCAUUGACAAAGGCAAAAGAAUCAUACUUAUUGAAGGUGUUGCCGGUGCUGGUAAGACGACCCUCUUGAUAAAACUACUAAGUGAUUGGAAGGCCGACAAGAGCACCAUACAAUGUCUUACUAACUUCCUGCUGCUCUUCCAUAUUGAAGGGAGGAAUCAACACAUCAGAUUCUUUUUCAGAGCUCGUCCAGUCACAGAUGCCAGACACCGCUAAGAA